AUGGUGACGACACGGCUGGGCACCUCCCCUAGUUGCGCAACACGGGGACUAUAUCAGGAGAGUGAGCCAGAGAAGCGCAGUCACCCACUCCUCAACAUGCUGGCUAGACUGAUCCUCGUCUGUUGCUUGGUGGCGCUGGCCGUAGCCAGACCCCAGGGGCCCGCUCGGCCACCUGCGGAGAUCUUGGAGUACGAGAACAACAACAUUGGAGUCGACGGAUACAACUUCAGGUUCCAGACCAGCGAUGGAGUGUCCCGUAGCGAGACCGGUGUGCUGAACAAUGCAGGUACUGAGAACGAAGAGAUGACGGUCAACGGAGAAAUCAGCUUCACCACCGACGACGGCAAGAAGGUCACUAUCACUUUUGUGUCGGACGGGAACGGCUACAGGCCUGUGGUCACCACUUCGUAAUCUGUCCCUCCCUGAGCCAGCUUACCACUAAAGCUCAAUCUUGUAUCAUACAGUCAUGUUACUUUGUACAAAAUAUAUUACAUUUUUAUACA